AUGGCAGCAAGAUCUAUUGUGCUGGCGCCUCUUCGCGCAUCUCGACAAUGUCCUCGCUUGUCCAAGGGCACUGCACCUCCAUUCCUCGGAAACGGUGCUGCCGUGCGGGAAAGGUGGUCGGGUCUUCAAGCGGAGUUUCGCGGCUCUUCAAUCUUCACAUUAGCUGGUCCAUCGAACUCAUUGCGAAGCAAAUCCCUGAACAACAACGGCAACGCGACUCUGCGCCUGACGUCUCAUUGGCACCAAAAUUUGGGCCUUCAAAGGAGAUGGCAUGCCACCGAGAAGCCCUCCGAUCAGACUGACGCUCAAAAAUCUCAAACUGGUUCAAAAAAGUCUCCAAUUCUGUCUCGUAUUCCCCUACCUUCCAGCCACGAGAAUAUCUACACAGUUCCCAAUAUACUCACCAUGACCCGCUUGGUUGCCGCCCCUCUGGUAGGGUAUUUCCUUGUCCAUGAUUAUCACCAGGCCGCGUUGGCCCUAUUCGCUUAUGCUGGAAUUACCGACCUCGUUGAUGGCUACAUCGCACGGCGAUAUAACCUCCAAACGGUUGUUGGGACGAUCAUUGAUCCCAUGGCUGAUAAGCUACUGAUGACCAUUGGGGUCGCUUGCUUAGCAGUCAACGGCUCCAUCCCAGUGUGGCUCGCCGUCAUCAUCCUCGGCCGUGAUGUCGGCCUUGCUAUAUCCGCGAUUUACUAUCGUUGGAUCUCUCUUCCGCCGCCCAAAACCAUGGCACGGUAUUGGGAUUUUUCUCUACCUUCCGCGGAGGUCAAGCCUACGACGAUCUCUAAGGUCAACACCGCCCUGCAGCUGCUACUUGUGGGGAGUGCCAUUGCACUGCCUGUCGUCCCGGAAGCAAUCAUCGACGCAUGGAAUUUGAAAGAAGCAAUGACUGGAUUUCAGUAA